GUGACAUAAUCGCAGUGUGGAGCGCGGAGUGCGGACGUGCCGCAUCCGUCCCCCAGGCUGGCGCGCUCUGAGGGUGAUGACAGCUAUUCUUGAUGCGUGAUAGGAGGCGAGGAGAGGGCAGCCGCGGCUGUGAUAGUCCCUCAGAACAUAUGUUGUGAUAGCUGCAGAGGAAGUUGAAGGAACUCGCUGUGGACGCAGGUCGAGAGAGGACUGCUGCUGGAGUUGAAGCAUCACAGCAGGAGGUGGAGUAACAGAACAUGGCCAGGAUUGUGGGGCGUCAUCUCAUACCCUUUACUUUGUUGGACUGUUUUGGUUGUGAAGCUCAGCUCGGAGAAGGAAAUUGAUUCCAGGAGUCCUCUUUUCUGCCAAAGACGAGAUCCGGUCGAAUCCUGAACACAAACCCGAAAAAUGACGGCCAUCAGCGCGCCUCGAGACAAAUACAAUGCGGUCUGGAUCAUCUUCUUCAUCCUGGGCCUGGGAACCCUCUUACCCUGGAAUUUCUUCAUGACGGCAACAUUGUACUUCACCAAUAGACUGAAAGAUCCACCGGUUUUCAGCAACCUGACGGUCAACGGAACGAACAAUGCGACUGAGAGCAAGCCCAGUCUUUUGGCGCUGAAGUUCAACAAUGUGAUGACCUUGUGCGCGAUGGUGCCUCUGCUCAUUUUCACCUGCCUCAACUCCUUCAUACAUCAGAGGAUCCCUCAGAAGCUGCGGAUCUCGGGCAGUUUGACCGUCAUCCUGGUCGUCUUCAUGCUCACGGCGGUGCUCGUCAAAGUGGAAAUGGAUCCCGUGCCGUUCUUCACCUUCACCAUGGUCAAGAUCGUCUUCAUCAAUUCGUUCGGGGCGAUUCUCCAGAGCAGUCUGUUUGGGCUGGCGGGGAUUCUUCCCGCCUCCUACACCACUCCCAUCAUGAGCGGGCAAGGGCUGGCGGGCACUUUUGCUGCUUUCUCCAUGAUCUGUGCACUGGCCAGCGGAUCAAAGCUCCAGGACAGUGCUUUUGGGUACUUCAUCACCGCCUGCGUUGUUAUUGCUAUGGCCAUCAUGUCCUACUUCAUCCUGCCUAAAAUGGAGUUCUUCCAGUACUACAUGGAGAGCAACGGAUCCAGUCCGUCUGCUGACGAGGAGAACAAGAUGGAUCUACUCAAAAAAGAGAACUCCCCUGAAAAGCGGCCGGUGGUGAAUUUAGAUGAAGAUGAGACGUCGUCUGGAUCUUCAGUGUUUAACAUCUUCAAACAGAUCUGGGUGAUGGCUUUGUCCGUGUGCUUCAUUUUCACCGUCACCAUCGGAAUUUUUCCGGCCGUCACAGCCGACGUCAAGUCCUCCAUCGCAGGCGGAGGAGAGUGGAACACGUACUUCAUCCCCGUGUCCUGCUUCCUCCUCUUCAACGUGAUGGACUGGGCCGGCAGGAGCCUGACGGCCCUCUGGAUGUGGCCGGGUAAAGACAGCCUGUGGCUCCCCAUCCUGGUGGGUCUGCGGAUCAUCUUUUUCCCGCUCUUCAUGCUGUGUAACGUCCAUCCUCGCCACUACCUCCCCGUUCCCUUCGAGCACGACGCCUGGUACAUCAUCUUCAUGAUCCUGUUCUCCUUCUCCAACGGAUACCUGGCCAGCCUCUGCAUGUGCUACGGUCCCAAGAAAGUGCCGUCGCAUCAGGCUGAAACGGCGGGCGCCAUCAUGGCCUUCUUCCUGUCCCUCGGCUUGGCGCUGGGUGCAGCGAUCUCCUUUGCUCUCAGGGACAUGGUCUAGAACCUCCUGCAGAACCUUCAAGUCCAUGUAGAUAAAACCCUCAUCCCCGGAGCUGCUUUGGAGAACACGGACGACCCGCUAGAGGAGCUGGGUUUUCUUCCUGCGUCGCCAUAGAGACUCAGCAGCCGGAGCUCAAACAUGUCCGUUUCUGUAUUUUCCUACACUUGGCAGCACAGCGGCCGAGCCUUUGCUUUAAGUUUUUGUUUGGAGACUUUAGCACCGAUCAAAGAGUGUAACUAGAGCCAAACCUCAUAUAAAUGUAGCUUUUUUAGACUCUAGAGCAGAAAUCAUCCCUGAUGUAGUUUUAGUUUAGACCGUCUGCAAAUAUUCAGACCUCCAAGAGCAUCAGGGUGACGGUGGAGUUUAAAACGGCGAUCUUCAGAUCUGUUCAAACCAAAGCUCAGACGAGAAAAGAAACUGAAGGGAAGCUGGCGCUGAUCCGCUUCACUCCAGACUCCAGGACGUCUAUCGGAUCAUGAAGUCAUCGCCGGCGAGGAGUUCAGUUUGACUUGAAUGAAAAGUAUUUUCUUUAAUGAAGUUUUGUGUCUGAAAAACCUAGAAAAUUAUGUUUUUUUAAAGCAGACAGAGAUAAUAUCCGUCGGUGACGUAAAGAUAAAAUAGGCCACUGAGGGAUAAAUCUCCCUCUGGCCUCUAAAAAGUGUUAUUUAACAAACCCGACUGAAGAUUAGUUUUUCUGUUUGGAUUAGAAGAAUUAAUCUUUUUUGUGUUUGUUUGUUGUGGGUUUGUUUUAAGGACAUUUUACCUGCAGUGUUUGAUGUUUUUAAAGUGAGCGAUCGUGAGAGACCUUUUACCCUUCACUUCAAAUAAGCCCUUUAAUAACAGUUUUUUUUUUUUUUUAAUAAAAUGCUUCUCUAUAAACAUCUGCUAACAUGAUAGCUGUAUGUAUCUGAAAAGCCUGUUCAUUUAAAGCCAACAUUGGUGUUUGAGGUAUUAAAUACAAGUCUGCUUACACGAGGAAAUAAAUGUAUUUUUAAGA